AUGGAUUUCUCGGAUAUCUUUCGCAUUGUCAACCUGGCUACUGGAGCCUUGAUGGUUCUUGGAGGAGUCAGUCAAUUCUUCCCCGAAGUCAGCGUUCGAGGCACAAUCUGCGCCAUCUACAUUAUCCUGUUCGGUCUCGGCAAUGCUCUUCUUGAGUUCCAGAUUCCUCCUCAAGUCGCCAGAUAUGCAUCCUUCAUGUUCUCGUUCAUCGGACGCGGCGUUUUCUACAUCUUCAUCGGAGGACUUUGCUUCUCAGGGCACUGGACCAAGUACAUCAUUGGUGGCAUCAUCAUACUUGUCGGUAUCAGCUAUGUCGCCCUCGAAUACGUACCCAGCAUCGAGCCGCCGGCCAACAUGAGGGACGCCGACGCAGGGUGGGGAGCUGAACAGGUCUAG